GGUGCACCGCAGAUCUGGUCCUGCUGCUGCUAUAAGGUCCUUCCUUCUCGCAUCUUCACUCCCGGGUCCCCCGCUGUCAGGAACCUUCUACUACUACUACUACUCCUCCCUAACUCCACCUCCUCCCCCACCUUUCAUUCCUUCCGCUUCAAUCCCUUUCAGAAACCCCCCCCCCCCCGCGCAUUCUGAAACCCACGAUGGCCGGAUUGAGUACUGGAAAGCCUACGGAGACGGCGGUGGCAGCGGCGAGACCUUUCCCACCCGUAACAGCCAGGCCCGUGGGACCCGACGGAAAGCUUGUAGUAGAGCGCCUCGCAACGUUGGAGUUGGAGGAUGGCAGCGCGUACCAGGGAUACUCUUUCGGCGCGGAAAAGAGCGUAUCUGGAGAACUGGUGUUCCAGACGGGAAUGGUCGGCUACCCCGAGUCCGUUACAGACCCCUCGUACCGUGGGCAGUUGUUGGUGAUCACAUUUCCCUUGGUGGGAAACUAUGGUGUGCCAUCGCGGGAAGCUCGGGACGAAUUGCUCGAGUCACUCCCGGCCUACUUCGAGGCGAACCAGAUUCAUGUCGCGGCACUGGUUACGGCGUCGUACGCGGGGGAGGAGUUCAGUCACUACCUGGCCACAAGCUCCCUUGGAACUUGGCUCAAGGAGCAGGGCGUGCCGGCGAUCUACGGUGUCGAUACCAGAGCUCUGACCAAAAGGAUCCGGAAGCAGGGUUCGAUGCUUGGAAAACUGUUGAUCCAGAAGCCGCAAGUUGGCAAGGAAGUCGAGGAAGAGAGGCCUGCUGCGGUCACUAGUCUCGAGAUUGGCGAUGCGCCGGUGGGCGACUGGCGUGAGGACUUUGAGAGUAUCGAGUGGAUAGAUCCCAACAAGACAAAUCUCGUCGCUGAGGUGUCGAUACGGGAACCCCGGGUAUUCUCACCACCGGAGAACAUUGCGCUCAAGCGGCCAGACGGAAAGACUGUCCGCGUUCUGUGUGUGGAUGUCGGUAUGAAGUACAACCAGCUCAGGUGUUUCCUGAGCCGCGGUGUGGAAGUCAAGGUUGUGCCCUGGAAUCACGAUAUUCUUUCCGAGGCCGGUAGUUACGACGGACUGUUCGUCUCCAACGGACCUGGUGACCCAGCCACACUGUCAACAACGGUCGAGCAGCUCCGCAAGUGCAUGGAGGCGGCCAACACACCCGUCUUUGGUAUCUGUCUCGGACACCAGUUGCUCGCCCGUGCGGCUGGAGCUCGGACAUCCAAGAUGAAGUUCGGUAACCGUGGACACAACAUCCCCUGCACCAACAUCAUCUCGGGCCGAUGCUACAUCACCUCCCAGAACCACGGAUACGCGGUCGAUGCAGACAGUCUUUCUGACGGAUGGAAACCGCUUUUCGUCAAUGCAAACGACGACUCGAACGAGGGUAUCUACCACACCGAGCGACCCUUCUUCAGUGUACAGUUCCACCCGGAGAGCACACCAGGACCCCGGGACACCGAAUUCCUGUUCAAUGUGUUCUUGAAUGCUAUCGCCGCGACACUGGUGGACAAGAGCGCCUUGAAGCAGCCUGUUGAGAUUCCCGGAGGAGAGGUCGAGCACAACAGGAAGGUCAACCCCAGGGUGAAGGUCAACAAGGUCUUGAUUCUGGGAUCUGGUGGUUUGAGUAUCGGACAGGCUGGAGAGUUUGAUUACUCUGGCAGUCAAGCCAUCAAGGCGCUGAAGGAGGAGGGAAUCUACACCAUUCUCAUCAACCCGAACAUCGCCACCAUCCAGACAUCGAAAGGUCUUGCUGACAAGGUGUACUUCUUGCCCGUCACGGCAGAGUUUGUGCGAAAGGUCAUCGUCCACGAGAAGCCCGACGCUAUUUACGUCACUUUCGGAGGUCAGACUGCCUUGUCGGUCGGUAUCGAGCUUAAGGAUGAGUUUGAGGGACUUGGUGUCAAGGUCCUUGGUACCCCUAUCGACACUGUCAUCACGACCGAGGACCGUGAGCUCUUCGCCAGAGCCAUGGACGAGAUCGGUGAGAAAUGCGCCAAAUCGGCCUCUGCCUCGACCGUGGAGGAGGCUGUUAUUGCUGUGAAGGACAUUGGAUAUCCCGUUAUUGUCCGUGCUGCAUACGCUCUGGGUGGUCUGGGCAGUGGUUUCGCCGACAACGAGGAGCAACUUGUGGAUCUUUGCAACAAGGCCUUUUCCGCCAGUCCCCAGGUCCUCGUCGAGAGGAGUAUGAAGGGCUGGAAAGAGAUCGAGUAUGAGGUUGUCCGCGAUUGCCAGGACAACUGCAUCACCGUCUGUAAUAUGGAGAACUUCGAUCCUCUCGGUAUCCAUACUGGUGAUUCCAUCGUGGUUGCACCCUCGCAGACGCUUUCGGACGAUGACUACAACAUGCUCCGGACCACAGCCGUGAAUGUCAUCCGUCACCUCGGAGUCGUCGGUGAAUGUAACAUCCAGUAUGCUCUUAACCCCGACUCGAAGGAUUACUGCAUUAUCGAGGUCAACGCCCGUCUCUCCCGGUCUUCGGCGCUCGCCUCCAAGGCCACUGGAUACCCCCUUGCCUUCAUUGCCGCGAAGCUCGGUCUCGGAAUCCCCCUGAACGACAUCAAGAACUCGGUGACCAAGAAGACCGUCGCUUGCUUCGAGCCUUCGUUGGACUACGUCGUUGUCAAGAUCCCCCGUUGGGAUCUGAAGAAGUUCACCCGUGUCUCGACAUUGCUGAACUCUUCGAUGAAGAGUGUUGGAGAAGUCAUGAGUAUCGGCCGAACCUUCGAGGAGGCUAUCCAGAAGGCCAUCCGAGCGACCGAUCCCAGCAAUGCUGGCUUCAACGCUACCGACGCUCUCAUGUCGAUCGAUCAGGAGUUGCAGACUCCCUCGGACCAGCGUCUCUUCGCCAUCGCGAACGCUAUGCAGCAGGGCUACUCCGUGGAUAAGAUCUGGGAGAUGACCAAGAUUGACAAGUGGUUCUUGAACAAGCUCAUGGGUCUUUCUCGGUUCGGAAACGAGAUGACGAAGUACACCGAUGCGACCAUUCCUCGCUCCCUUUUCGUCCAGGCCAAGCAGCUUGGUUUCUGUGAUAAGCAGCUGGCCAACUUCUGGGGCUCGAACGAGAACGCUGUUCGUCGCAUCAGGGUUGAAUCCAAGAUCAUGCCUUUCGUCAAGCAGAUCGAUACCGUUGCCGCCGAGUUCCCUGCCUACACGAACUACUUGUACCUGACAUACAACGGUGUCGAGCACGAUAUUGACUUCAACGACCAUGGAGUCAUGGUUCUUGGUUCUGGUGUCUACAGAAUCGGAUCCUCGGUUGAGUUCGAUUGGUGCGCUGUCCGCGCCGUCAGGACGCUUCGCGAGAGAAAGAUCAAGACGAUCAUGGUCAACUACAACCCUGAGACCGUCUCGACCGAUUACGACGAGGCUGACAAGCUCUACUUCGAGAACAUCAACAUCGAGACCGUCCUCGACAUUUACCACCUCGAGAACUCGAGCGGUGUUAUCAUCUCCAUGGGUGGUCAGACUCCCAACAACAUUGCUCUGCCGCUGCACCGCCUGAACGUCAAGAUCAUGGGAACUUCCCCCGAGAUGAUCGACUCUGCUGAGAAUCGUUACAAGUUCUCGCGCAUGCUUGACAGAAUCGAGGUCGACCAGCCUGCCUGGAAGGAGCUUACCAGCUUCGAGGAGGCUAGGGAGUUCGCCGAGAAGGUUGGCUAUCCUGUGCUGGUCCGUCCGUCUUACGUCUUGUCUGGAGCCGCCAUGAACACUGUCUACUCCGUCGACGAUCUUGCCAGCUACCUCCAGCAGGCAGCCGAUGUCUCGAGGGAGCACCCCGUUGUCAUCAGCAAGUACAUCGAGAACGCCAAGGAGAUCGAGAUGGACGCUGUUGCGAAGGACGGACAGAUGAUUAUGCAUGUCAUUUCCGAGCACGUCGAGAACGCUGGUGUUCACUCUGGUGACGCCACUUUGAUCCAGCCCCCUCAGGAUCUUGACCCGGAGACCAUCCGCAGGAUCGAGGAAGCCACCCGCAAGAUUGGAAAUGCCCUCAACGUUACUGGACCUUACAAUAUCCAGUUCAUUGCCAAGGACAACGACAUCAAGGUCAUCGAGUGCAAUGUCCGCGCUUCCCGAUCUUUCCCUUUCGUGUCCAAGGUUUUGGGUGUUGAUCUUAUCGAGAUGGCUACUCUGGCGAUCAUGGGCUUGCCCGUUGACCCUUACCCCACCGUCGAUAUCCCCAAGGACUACGUCGGUAUCAAGGUUCCCCAGUUCAGUUUCUCGCGUCUGUCUGGUGCAGAUCCCGUUCUCGGUGUUGAGAUGGCUUCCACCGGUGAGGUUGCUUGCUUCGGUCGCGACAAGUACGAGGCGUACAUGAAGGCGCUCAUCUCCACCGGUUUCCGCUUGCCCAAGAAGAACAUCUUGCUCUCCAUCGGUUCCUUCAAGGAGAAGAUGGAGCUGCUUCCUUCUAUCAAGAAGCUUCACCAGCUCGGAUACAAGCUCUUCGCCACUGCCGGAACUGCGGAUUUCAUCCAGGAGCACGGAGUUCCGGUCCAGUACCUCGAGGUUCUCUCUGAUGAUGACCAGAAGUCCGAGUACUCGUUGACGCAGCAUUUGGCCAACAACUUGAUCGAUCUCUACAUCAAUCUGCCCUCCGCCAACCGGUUCAGGCGCCCGGCCUCGUACAUGUCCAGAGGUUACCAGACCAGACGUAUGGCUGUCGACUACCACACUCCGCUGGUCACGAACGUCAAGAACGCCAAGUUGCUCAUCGAGGCGAUCUCCCGACACUACUCCAUGAAUAUCUCUUCCAUUGAUGCCCAGUCGAGCCACCGCACUGUUAUCCUUCCCGGACUUGUUAACAUUGCCGCAUUCGUGCCCGGACUAGCGAUUGACGGAAGCCGUGACUUUGAUGAGGUUACCAAGGAAUCCGUUGCCUCGGGUUUCACCAUGAUCAGAGUCCUUCCUAUGGGUGUCGAGAACAGCUUGACCGAUGCAGUUGCCCUCAACACUGCCCUCGAGAACAGCUCGGUUGCUCACUCUGACUUCAACUUCUCUGUGGCUGCCACUUCGUCCAACUCGGAGCAGCUCGGCGCGCUUACCGGUAAGGUCGGAUCUCUCUUCAUUCCGUUCAACCACCUGUCUGGAAACAUCAACAAGGUUGCCGCUGUCACUUCGCACUUCGACGUCUGGCCUGAUCACAAGCCCAUCAUGACCGACGCAAAGACCACUGAUCUUGCUUCGAUCCUGCUGCUUGCCAGCCUCCACAGCCGUAACGUUCAUGUCACCAGCGUUACCACCAAGGAUGAUAUCAAGUUGAUCACCCUGGCCAAGGAGAAGGGACUGAAGGUUACCUGCGAUGUUGCCGUGUACUCUCUAUUCUUGAGCCAGAAGGAUUAUCCUGAGUGCACUGCGCUCCCGACUGAGGAGGACCAGGCCGCGCUCUGGAAGAACUUGGCUUCCAUCGACUGUUUCUCGGUGGGAAGUCUUCCUUACCAGCUGUCGCACGCUACCGACCAGAAGCCCUCGCCAACCGUCGGAAUUGCCGAUGCCCUUCCUUUGCUGUUCACUGCAGUUUCCGAGGGCCGCUUGACGCUCCAGGACAUCACCGCCCGCCUUCAUGACAACCCCAAGGUCAUCUUCGAUCUCCACGACCAGCCCGACUCAUCGGUCGAGGUUGAGAUUGGGCGAGCGUUCACUGCGGAGGAGCGUGCCAACUGGUCUCCUCUUGCGGGACGCCAGCUCAAGGCUGUCGUCAAGCGUGUUGUUUUCCAGGGCAAGACCGUUUCCCUUGAUGGACGCCUCACCUCCGAUGGAACUCUCGGUAAGGAUUGGUCGGCCUCGUUCCCGGUCCAGAUCUCGUCUCCUCCCGCGCAGACGCAAACCGAGCUGCCCUCGAUCCGCUCUCUUCUGAGCCCCAGACUCGGUGCAAGCACCCGCUUCCAGGCCCAGGCCGAUGCUGGCUUCACCCCGUCCUUGGAGCUGCCCAACUUGCAGCUGCACCCGGAGUUUGUCAACCCCACUGUGUCACCUGCCCUCGCUGCGCUCCUCUCCAAGGACUCGAAGUUCAAGCGUCAGCACAUCCUGUCCGUCAACCAGUUCGAGCGUCGUGAUCUGCACCACCUGUUCACUGUGGCUUCCGAGAUCAGGCUUGGCGUUGAGCGCUGGGGUGUUGUUGACGUCCUGAAGGGCCGUCUUCUCUGUACCAUGUUUUUCGAGCCUUCCACCAGGACUUCGGCGUCAUUCGAUGCUGCCAUGCAGCGUCUGGGAGGACGGACUGUGGCAAUUGCCGCGGCCCAUUCGAGCCUGCAGAAGGGAGAGACCCUGCAGGAUACCAUUCGCACUCUUGCUUGCUACGGUGAUGCGGUUGUGCUCAGACAUCCUGAGGAGUCUAGUGCGGCUGUUGCUGCCAAGUUCUCGCCUGUUCCGGUCAUCAACGGUGGCAACGGCAGUCUCGAGCACCCCACCCAGGCAAUGCUUGACCUCUUCACGAUUCGUGAGGAGCUCGGAACCGUGAACGACCUCACCAUCACCUUCAUGGGUGACCUCAAGUACGGUCGUACUGUCCACUCCCUGGCGAAGCUCCUCCAGCUCUACAACGUUCGCAUUCAAUUGGUGUCUCCUCCCCAGUUGCGAAUGCCCGAGGAUGUCCGUGCCAAGUUGGUCAGCAGCGGUUCGCUGGUUGCCGAGUCCAGCUCGCUCACGCCGGAGAUCAUUGCCCGCUCGGAUGUGCUCUACUGCACCCGUGUGCAGAAGGAGAGGUUCGCGGACCUGGCCGAGUACGAACGUCUUAAGGACGCUUUCAUCGUCAACAACUCGGUCAUGAAGCACGCCAAGAGCCACAUGAUUGUUAUGCACCCGCUCCCCAGAACCACCGAGAUCAGCGAGGAGGUCGACUUUGACCAGAGGGCUGCGUACUUCAGACAGAUGCGCUAUGGCUUGUACUGCCGCAUGGCUCUGCUCGCUUUGGUGUUGGGUUAGGCUGGCAUGUCCCGCCUGCUCUAAGUGUGUGUGUGGAUUGGAUGGAGUAUUGAUCUUUUUUUUCAUAUCGUCUAAAAGCUUGGUUUCUUUUUUUCUUUUCUUAUGGGGUUUUCUUUUGUACAUGGACUUGGGUUUUUUCUUUUUUGUUCUUUCAC